CGUCAAAGUCAAAGCAUUCUCGUCCGCACUUUCUCAACUUAUUUCUGUAGAGAAAAUUUUCACAAAUAUUUGUAAAAUAUUAAUUAUUGAUCUUGAAAAAUAGGACAAUUUGACACUAUGGAUAAGAUAUCGCGCAAAAGCGUUCCGGCAGAAGAUUUAUCGAACGUAGAAUUUGAAACGAGCGAAGAUGUGGAGGUGGUACCAACUUUCAAUGCCAUGAACCUCAAAGAGGAGUUGCUGCGUGGUAUUUAUGCUUAUGGAUUCGAGAAGCCUUCGGCUAUACAGCAACGCAGUAUUAAACCCAUUGUGAAAGGUCGCGACGUCAUCGCACAGGCACAGUCCGGUACGGGUAAAACAGCAACGUUUUCAAUUUCGAUUUUGCAAAGUUUGGACACGACGUUGCGUGAAACACAAGUACUCUGUUUAUCGCCAACUCGUGAAUUAGCCGUACAGAUUCAGAAAGUUAUAUUGGCGUUGGGCGAUUUCAUGAAUGUGCAAUGCCAUGUAUGCAUUGGUGGCACCAACUUGGGUGAGGAUAUACGUAAAUUGGACUAUGGCCAGCAUAUCGUUAGUGGUACACCAGGUCGCGUAUUCGAUAUGAUUAAGCGCCGUGUGCUAAGAACUAGAGCUAUUAAAAUGCUAGUACUCGAUGAAGCGGACGAGAUGUUGAACAAAGGAUUCAAAGAACAAAUUUAUGACGUAUAUCGUUAUUUACCGCCUGCAACACAGGUUGUUCUAAUAUCGGCCACAUUGCCACAUGAAAUACUUGAAAUGACUUCGAAAUUUAUGACGGAUCCUAUUCGAAUUCUUGUAAAACGUGAUGAAUUGACACUGGAAGGUAUUAAACAGUUCUUCGUCGCAGUCGAAAGGGAGGAAUGGAAGUUUGAUACACUCUGCGAUCUCUACGAUACACUAACAAUAACGCAAGCCGUCAUUUUUUGCAACACCAAACGUAAGGUGGACUGGUUGACGGAGAAAAUGCGGGAAGCCAAUUUUACUGUCAGCUCCAUGCAUGGUGAUAUGCCUCAGAAAGAGCGUGAUGAGAUUAUGAAAGAGUUUCGCGCCGGCCAGUCGCGUGUACUGAUUACAACAGAUGUAUGGGCGCGUGGUAUUGAUGUGCAACAAGUUUCGUUGGUUAUUAAUUAUGAUCUGCCAAAUAAUCGUGAGCUGUAUAUCCAUCGUAUCGGCCGCUCUGGUCGAUUUGGCCGCAAGGGUGUCGCAAUUAAUUUUGUAAAAUCGGAUGAUAUUCGCAUUCUGCGUGAUAUUGAGCAAUACUAUUCCACACAAAUCGAUGAAAUGCCAAUGAAUGUAGCAGAUUUAAUUUAAAUACGACCAAAUAUAAAGAAACCUAAUAAAUUUGA